AUGGAUCGCAAUACUUGGAUGUAUGAAAUACCACGUGCUAGCAAAAAAUAUUUGGCAAGUUUGCUUGAUUUUCUUAAAGUAGCUGAGGAUAAUCGGAAGAAUAAAGGAGAAAGUCACAUCUGGUGUCCUUGUGAAAAGUGUCAAAAUUGUCAUAAGUUUAAUGAUUCUGCAAUAAUACAAGAACAUCUAAUAUGUGAGGGGUUUAUGACUGGGUACACACGAUGGUCACGACAUGGUGAACUGUUAAUUGAUCAUGAUACAACUGCGCCAGAGUGUAGUCAUGAUGAGGCUGGUGAUCAUUUGGAUAAUGAGAGUUGUGAUGGUUUAGAUGACAUGUUGCAUGAUCUGGAGGAUAAUGUUGCGGAAAAAGAUCAUCAAAAAUUCCAACAAUUGUUUGAAGACUCUGAAAAACCAUUUUGCUCCACGAUCAAAAUGCUGAGGAAAACACUGCUAAUUUUCGAGAAAUUAGUACCCCAUGAUCCAUUAGAUCAUGAAAAUUCUCUGAGAGCAUCGAAGAGCAUACCACAGGGACGAAAGCAAAGAGCAGUUCAAUCGAUUUGUGAGAACAGGCAUACAAUGGAUCAACCACAAAGGAAAAAAAGAAGUGUGACACUGAUAAGGGGAAACCCGAGAAACAAAGUGGAUUUGGAAAUUGAAUUUGAUGAGCUAGGCCAAAAUAUCGGAGCUACCCAAUCUCAGUUUAGCAAUUAUUGUGGAGUCAUGGUAAGGACGAGGAUUUCUAUCCUCAUAUUGCGUUGGGAUGAAGUUCCUAAGGCUGAAGUUGAUGAACUGUGGUUAAACAUUAAGAAACAUUGGAAUAUAGAAGAUGAUAGCCACAAAAAACAGGUACUAAAAAUUUGCAAUCAGGCAUGGAAGGCUUACAAGAGCAGGCUUGUUAACGAAUACCUAAAGAAGGGUAGAAAUCCAGUAUCUGAAUAUCCAUACCUGGAUGAGCCUACAUGGAACGCUUUUGUUCAACUCAAAACAUCACCGAGCUUCCAGGAAAUAAGCAACAAAGCUACAGAGACUGCAAGGUUGAAUAAGUAUCCACCACGGAUAGGCCCACGUGGUUAUCGUGGUAUGAAACCUCAAUGGGAAAAGGAGAUGGAGUCUGGUAAUUCAACAGAGUUCCAUAAUAUAAGAAGUGAACGUGCAAGGAAUUUUAUCCUUGCUAGGUUAAAACGUGAUCCCACAGGGAUGUACUCGUUACCUACUAAUCUCUACCCCUUGGCAUCUGACUUGAUUGAAAAAGAUACCCAAUUAUCUCAUGGAGAUUGGUUUCCUGGACCUGGAGAAGAUGUGCUUACAGAGGUGUUAGGACCCGAGCAUCCAGGUCGUACGAGGGCUGUUGGGCACAAUGUUGGCUUGAGACAAUCCAUGCCUAGGGUUGAUAAGAAAAAAAGGAAGAGCCAUGAUAAAAAUACCUUUGAAGAUAUGAAGGAGAAGAUGAGGAUCGAGGUAGAGGCUAUGAUGGAGGCCAAAAUGGAAGCCAAGAUAGAAGAGAUGAAUGCUCAGAUUGAAGAGAUGAAAACAUAUAUGCAUCGGUUUCUCUCAAAAAAUGAAGGCAGACACAUUACCAGUCCGGUGUUGAAGAAAAAUAGUGUCGUCUCUACUGUAUCAGAUGAGUUGGAUGGGAUAAAGACUCCUACUACUUGCGAGUUAAUGAUACCAUACGGCGCGAUGAACCAGAAAUGUGCAAAAGGGAUGGUCUUUCCAUAUGGGAAUGGACAAAUACAUUCAGUUCCUUUAAAUGCAAAUCAUUUGAAGGUAUCCAUAGACAAGAUCUAUGAUCAAUAUGAUUGUAUCCCUCUUCCUGUCUCGACCGAAGAAGCGAGUAAGCUGUAUGAGGCGCUUCAUGGUAUAGUUCAGUGGCCAAGGAAUGCAAUUAAGAUCAUUCAGCCCUCACAGGUCAACCUAAAUGUUGAACAAGAUAAAAGAUGUUCCUCUCUACCGGUAGCUACCGACCCGCAACCUCGCAUAACCAAGAGUGUGCCAGCAAUCUCAAAGGGUGUUAUGAAGAAGAUCAAGCCAGCAAAGGAAAGUUUGAUACCACAUACUUCUAAUAAGCAAGUCGAGCUAGAAAAAAUGCCCCUGGUCAUGAGAAGAAUGUAUAAACGUUUGAUGAAUCGUGAAGCUCCUGGUGAUGCGAUUUAUGUUGAAGCCGAACCAGGGAUCCUUGGAGCUCAGAAAAUUGAAACAUACAUUUACCCCGAGGAGAUUUUACGCCUGUUGAAUAAACAAUGGCUUGAUAUUAGUGUCAUAACUUGGUUUCAAAUCAUGUUACAUUCAAUGCUUGAAACACAUGGUGGGAAUAAAGUGAACAAAUGUGCUUUCAUUUCCCCGAGUGAGAUUCAGGCAACGAUAUGCGAGUCAAAUGGUGGGGGUGUUGUAAGUUACAUUGUCGAUGCAAUGCGCGUCCAUGAAGACAAAGAGUUUUUUGUCGCACCCUAUUGGCAAGGAUUACAUUGGACGCUGCUAGUAAUCUGCCCUAACAAAGGCACAGGGUAUAUCUUGGAUUCCCUAAAAAAUUCGAAUGAAAAGGCCGUGGAGAACUACAUAGUCGUGAAAUAUGUCGAAGAGGCUGUUGCAAGUCUUAAAGAAGAUAUCGAGACAACACAUCCAAUGAAUUGGACACUUGUUGAGUGCAACCAACAACCAUUAGGUUGGGAGUGCGGUUUUUAUGUCAUGAGAUGGAUGUUUGAGUUCGUGUUGACUCGACAAUAUGAAUUCCCAAACAAAAGCAACUGGAACGAUAAAAAUCCGUUUCCGGAUUGGUUCCCCUUUGAAAGGUAUGUGGCUGAAAUUAUGGAGUUUGACAUCUACUAGAUGCAUCUAUUUGUCUUUUUAUAUAUUUAACUUUUGUUGAUUAGGAUGGAUAAAUUUGGAUUAUUGCAAAUUAUGUUUGAAUUGGAUAUUGUUAAUUUUAGAAAUUAAUGACUAAUCAUGCUUUUAUUUUGACUUUUAUAUACAUCCUGAUUGUUCAUGAUAUGUUUGUGUACAAAUUAUUUAUAGACAUGUUUUUUUAUAGAAAACUGUAAUUAUUAUGUUUAAUUUAUGAAAUAUAUUUAUUUAGAAUGUCCUUAGGCAAUAAGAAAC